AUGAGUGACCUCAAGAGUAACCGAGAACUGUACCAGCAAUACACAGCCACAGCCCCCAAGCUGCUGGCCCGCAUCUCCAAACUUCUCACCAUCUUCCGCAACUCAGGUGUAGCUGUGCCAAAGGGCAUCAGAAACAUUUUUGAGUUCACUUGGGAGGAGCUCAUCAGCGACCCCGCAGUGCCAACCCCAUCUGACAUCCUGGGCCUGGAGGUCAGCAUUGGAUCUCCUCCUGUGGUGCUUGUGGAACCACCCCCUGUGCAGGUCCUCAUCCCAAAGAAGCCACCACCACUGCCACCAGCACCACCGCUGCCGCCACCAGUACUACCAACAGCCACUGGGGUGUCCAAGUACUGCACCCCCUCUCCCACCCCAGCCCACAUGUCCAGUGGCCAGGAGACCCUGCACAAGUUUCAGCGGCAGUCCAUACACCUGCUGACGGAGCUGCUCAGCCUGAAGAUGAAGGCCAUGAUGGAGUCUGUGUCGGGUGCCAACCCCCUGGACAUCACCAGGCGCUUCGUGGAGGCCAGCCAGCUUCUGCAUCUCAAUGCCAAGGAAGUGGCCUUCAACUGCCUGAUUGGCACAGUUGGGAGAAAUGGCUACAGUGCUGGGCAGACAGGAAAAGAAUCCCCCGUGAGUAUCUCUGCCGUGGGAGUAAACUCGCCUUACCAGCUGAUCUACCAGUCUUCUACAGCCUGCCUGAGCUUUUGCCUCUCAACUGGAAAGGAAUCCAAGAAGAAAAUAGGCAAACCAAAAACUGUAGACGAUGUCAGCAUGCCGUUCCCACAGCGAGGAGUGGGAACCUCUGCUGACAACAUCCAGUUCAGGGACCCCUGCCCUGAGGCCCGGGAGAAGCUGCAGGAGAUGUGUCGGCACAUAGAAGCUGAAAGGGCCUCGUGGAAAGGGAAGAAUAUCUCCUACCCUAUGAUCUUUCGCAACUACAAGGCAAAGAUGCCCUCUCAUCCAAUGUUGGCCCCCAAGGGGGAUUCUCAUGCCCCGAGUUCCCCCCACCCUCACACUGCGAGGGCUCAGAGUCCCACUCCCACCCCUCACCAGCCUCCUGUCCACCAUCUUCACUUUGGCCAGCACUCUCAAGAGCGGAAGGUGCCCCAGAGGAACGUCAAGUUGCACCGCACCUUCGGUGAUGGGUCCUCCUUUGUUUACUAUCCCUCUGGAAACAUUGCCAUGUGUCAGAUCCCUACAUGCUGCAGAGGGAGAACCAUCACAUGCCUCUUUAAUGAUACACCUGGAUUCUCCUUCCUGGCCCUAUUCAAUGCUGAAGGCCAGGGCUGUGUUCACUACAACCUAAAGACCCGCUGCCCAUAUGUCUUGAUCUUGGAUGAGGAAGGUGGGACCACCAAUGACCACAAGGGCUACAUAGUCCACAAGUGGAGCUGGACUUCUAAGACAGAGACUUUGCUCUCCCUGGAAUAUAAGGUCAAUGACCAAAUGAAGCUAACGGUGCUGGGGCAGGACUCCAUCAUGGUCACCUUCUCCUCCAUGAAUGAGACAGUCACACUCACUGUAUCUGCCAACAACUGUCCCCACGGGAUGGCUCAUGACAGACGGGCCCGCAGAACAAGCAACACAGACGACAAGAUACAUAAGAUGAGCCGAGCACUGGCUGAGAUCAAGAAGCGGUUUCAGAAGACGGUGACUCAGUUUAUGAAUUCUGUUCUGCUGGCAGCAGGUCUGUUCACCAUAGAAUAUCCCACCAUCAGGGAAGAGGCGGAUUUUGGUCGAUUGAAGGUGAAGUCCAUACCUUAUCAUGAGCGGGCCCGCAAGCUAAGUUUGUUCUCGGGAGAAAUCCUUCCACGACCUCAGUCUGUCUGGCCAGCGUCCUCAGUUGAAGAGUCUUCGAAGGAGGAGCCUGGGUCAGCUCCUGUGAGCCCCGUUCGAAAGAAGACCACCAGAAUGCGAGCCAAAUCCAUGGUCACGUCCAGAGAGAAGGGCCGCGAGGGGCGUAGCCCCACCAGGUGGGCGGCGGCGCCCUCCGACUGCCCGCUGGUGCUGCGGCGGCUCAUGCGCAGGGAGGACGUCCGGGCCGGCUGCAGGUGCACGGUGAAGGCGCCCCUGGUGUCCGACGUGGAGCUGGAGCGCUUCCUGUCCGCCCCUCGAGACCCCAGCCAGGUGCUGGUGUUCGGCGUCGUCUCGGGCCAGAACCGCGCCAGCACCGCACAGCUCCAGUGGCUGCUGGACACGCUCUACAAUCACGGGCAGCAGGGCCGGGCCUCGCCCUGCAUCCAGUGCCGGCACGACCCCUACCGCCUGUUGUGCUACGACCUGGAUGGCCCCCUGCAGAAGAAACCGCCCCUGAUGGUGAAGAAGUACUCUGUGGUGCGGGGGAUGGUUCUGAUGUUUGCUGGGGGAAAGCUCCUUUUUGGGGGCUGUGUUUUGAAUGGAUAUGGCUUCAGCAAGCAGAAUCUGCUGAAGCAGAUCUUCCGGGCUCGACAGGAUUACAAGAUGGGCUACUUCCUGCCAGACAACUACAAAUUCAGUAUUUCAGCCUCUAUCCUGAGCACGGAGGAUUCUGAAUCAGAAGAGAGAGAGAGACAUGUCAAGAGAGCGACGUCAGAAGAUAUCCAAGGCAGCUUCUCCUCGCUGGCCCUGGGAGACAAGGCAGGGAAGGAAUCUGCUCCUGAAGCUGAGAAGUUGAAAGAGCCUGAAGUGGAGCUACAUCCUUUCAGCAAAAUUGGGAAGAGCAGCAAGACGUUGACCACCUGGAAGAAACAGGUCUCCAAAAAAUGA